AUGAUGCGGGUGUACAUUGGACAUCUUCUUUUUCCUCCCAAGAGGUCAUUUUUUUCACAAGCAUCGCGUAGUCGCGGGGACGACGAUGUUGGUAUUUUUUCGAGGGGCGACGCCAAACGCUUUAAAGGUGAGGGGUGGGCUACCGGCGUCAUGGAAAUGACAGAUGUUUCAUCGUUUCAAGUCUCUGCUGCUUCCAUCACGGAAGCCGUGCUGAAAGCAUUUGAGCCAUGGGUGGGGCAGCAUGAGAAGAUCAAUGGUAGACCACACAUUGACGUCCAUGUUCAUCCCGCCGGUAAAGGUGCUUCGUUUUGCCUGGUUCCAGGCAUUCUUGCUUUGUCACUCACAACGUCGGCGUGUACUGCUUUAGAGUGCCCGGAAAAAGUAAGGAUGGCGGAUAUGGAGGCAGCGGCAAGAUAUCCACGAAUCACCGCGGUAUCACUGGAGUCUUUUAAUGGAGAAGUUUGGGAUGAUCUGCCGGUGUAUUGGGAGGAGCGGCAGGUCAUGGUGACAAACACCCUUACAGAAACGGCGAUGACACAGGUGGCGGCGAAUUGUUGCGUUUCCCCUGCAAAGGAUGAAACGUUGCAUGGUGAAGAGACACUGAUGGAAAAGCGUAUACUUGUUGUGGGCGCGGGAGGCAUUGGCUGCGAGUUACUCAAAGUUCUUGUCUUGUAUGGCUUUCGCAAUCUGGAUGUUUUUGAUCUUGACACAAUCGAUGCCACGAAUCUGAACCGUCAAUUUUUGUUCCAAAAGGAGGACGUUGGUGCAUCCAAAGCAGAUACCGCACGCAAGGCAAUACUAAACUGGUUCACAUCGACAUCUUCAGAACGAAUGUUGCCUGUCAUUCGUGCUCAUCACGCGGACAUUAAAAGUGAAGCGUACGAUGACGCUUUCUUUUCUCAGUUUGCCCUUGUGCUGAAUGCACUCGAUAAUGUUUCGGCGCGUCAACAUGUGAAUCGCAUGUGUAUGCGCACAGACGUUCCUCUUAUAGAGAGCGGCACGAUGGGCUACAAUGGCCAGGUGCAGCCCAUUAUACGCGGCCUGUAUGAGUGCUACGACUGCCAUCCAAAGGCAGCAAACCAAAAGACCGUCGCCGUUUGUACCAUUCAUGCACGGCCCACUACCAUGGUCCACUGUGUGCACUACGCGAAGGAGUUAUAUGAGCGACUUUUUGGUGAGGGAAAGCGGGAAGAGAAGGAUGAGUUUGCCUUUGUUGAUGCAAUUAUCACCCAACAGGAGGAAGAACUGCAAAGCGAGGCGGACGCUUGCGAUGGUGAUUUAAGUAUUUGUAGCAUGGCGGCUGCUCUGGCAGGAUCUCUGUUUUACGAAAAAAUUCAAGAAUUGCUUAGUAUGAAGACUGUGUGGGCGACGCAGCCGCCUGUGCCACUUUCGAAGGAUCUCAUUCAACGAAUGGCGGAAGAAAUGUCAGUGGAUGCCACUAGAGUGAAAUCCCUUCACAUUCUACGGGAUACCUCGUUGU